UCAGUAUGGUUCUGUACUCGUCCCAGGCAACAGUGCCCGAAGCGGAGCGUACACACUGGAACAACCGAAGCGUCCGACCGACGGGCAGUGGACAGACAGACAGUCGGAUACAGGUAGCAGCAGCAGCAGUAGCAGCAGUAGCAGCACCUGUAUCAGUAGAUUCGGGUUUGCCAGCGCAAACGGCAAACGGGGGUGAGAGUGGCGACCUUUCGAUCGAGCAGGACGAUCGUCCUUGUAGUGUGGAUCAACACUGUGCCGCGGUGUGAGUCGCCUUGUGUCAUAGUGGCCAUAGGGCGAUCAAUAUCCCGGAUUCAUCGAUCACAAUUUCAACGUUUUUUCGGAAGUGUUUGAAGUGUUUGUGAAUAUUGCCUGUAAAUAGAUGUGUGCGCGUGUGUAUGUGUGUCUAGUGUGUUUGUGUGUCCGUGAUUGUCCGACCAGUUGUGCUGUGACCCAGAGUCUGUCGCUUUCACGCCGUGCCGUGGACAGUAAGCCGUAAGGAACAGCCGGACGAAACUAAAAUGGACGCCAUAAGGGACGCUAAAGAGUGAGCCUACCAAGUAACGGCACACACGCACACACACAGUGUCACAAAGAAAGCAAGAUAUUACUACCUAAUAGCUCUAGUCUAGUGUCUGUACCCGGUGGUACUAGCGGGUCCCAAUAUUUUGCCUUCCAACUAUACACCAUGUAUAGCUUACGCUGUGAAAUGAGUGUGUGUGUGUGAGUGAAAUUUAAAGCUGUGUGUGCGUACGUGUGUGAUUAUGAUAUGGCCAUCAGCCGCCGUGUAGGGAGGUUCUGGAGGUGUUGCUCGUUCGGAAAGUGUAUCUCACCAGCAUCAAUCAACCUGCCGCAGACUCUAUCAAACGGGACAGGAACCUUCCUUUGAUUCCAGCACCGAGGCAGACCCUCGCAGCAACACUUUAUCCAGUUCUAACCAAAACGAGCGGUACGAGCGACGGUCACCAUUCCGGCAACCAGCGGUGGUAGCGUUGCGCGGCGCGUGCCAAACAGUGACUGGUGGCGCCGGUGGCUGUGGCCAGCCCAGGCCCGUCCAGCCGACACGAUAAGCACCGAUAAGCAGCAGACGGCGGUGCGCAGACGCAGGCGACGCAAAAAGGUGCACAGACGGUCGGGGCACGCGAUGGGCCACGCACGGUGGCGCUACCGUGCCCAAGCAAUGUCGAACCGGCCACGCCGGCCACAGGAGAGGACACAGGCCAUACAGCAGCAGCAGCAUCGAAGGCAGUGUGCGUGAGUGCGUAACGUGAUGUUGGAGCUGGCUUCACGCUCCAGCCAAGACAAUGCAUCUCGAUGACAGUUAGUACUCACCUCGCAAGCGAAAACCACCGGCCGUGAGCAAAGUGUGAGUGGUGUGAUCGAAGGUAGUUGGUAGUAGACGGUACGGCGAAGUAAGGAACAGGUGCAAAACUGUGCACAGUAAUUUCUAGACUCACUAGGAAACGCUUCAAUAGCAAACACAUCCACACGCACACAUACAGACACAAGAAUACACCUUCAGCUAUACACAGGCUCGGGAAACGCAACGUAGCGUGCGUCGAGCAGCAGUUUCGGAUAAAAACGGGUAAAAAUUGUGUCUCCAGCGCCAGCCUGAAUGAGAGUGGUUGAGAGAGAGCGAGAGGGAUAGUGCACUCUCGCUUUCGCCUUCCCUAUUAGUCUUACACCAACGCUUGGACACGUACGGUCAUUGGCCUGUCCGCACGGCACUCUGUGUCUUCGUCCUUUCUUCUCGCUGUAUUCCUCGCCCGUGCCAUUUCUUCCAAGCGGCCAUAUGUGUGGUACGUCAACGUGUACUGUCCCUUGGCCGUAACACGUUAGCAUAUAGGGAAGGGCAGGCAGACGAGCAGGUGGCGCGGAACCAACACACACAUCAGCAGCAGCAGUAGCAGCAAAACGCGUGCGUGUGUCCUAAAGCUAAGCUGUGUGUCUAUCGUGUGUUAUACGGCGUGUUGUGUUACACCGGUUAGGUUAGGUAUGAGCGUGUAGUACGCGCCGCGUCUGGAGGAAAUGUGUGUGUGUGUGUAGUUGUAAAUGUGUACCGGUGGCAAGGCGAUCGAGCGUAGCGAUCGUCCUUAUCGCGGAUAGUUGUGUCUGUGUGUUUUAAGUGUGUAAUAGGCAAUCAAACUGCUCGAGACGGAAGGACUCGUGCGGCGUCGAUCAGGAAACCGUCAUGUAUCAGCACGCGUUAGAGAUAUUCCACGUCCAGUGUGUGUGCUCAGAUUCUGGUGCUCUGUAGGAGCGGAACAGUACUAGAUACCGAGUGAUCGGAGCAGAAUCUCUCCCCAGUUCAGUUGAGCUGUCGAGUUUGGGGCAGGAACGCAGGAACGAGCGGCAACGAGCCUCGGCGAAUGUGCAGUGGGCGGAGGGCGUCGUAGCGAUAUGGAUUUCGUCUCGUCGCCGGGCAACAUUACGCAGGAGGACUUCCUCGCGAUCGUGGGAGCGAACGGGACGUACGGUGGUGUUGGCGUCGGUAGCCCCACCACCAUGUUUAACGAUUCACUAGCGGCGGCGGCGGCGGCGGCAGCGGCUGCCGCUGCUGCAUCCGGCGGCACCGCCAACGGUGUCGGGCCGGGCGAAAACCUUACCAUCCUGCACGGUGCCUACCCGAGCGGGUACACGCUGCCGCACAUCAUCAUUGCAUCAAUUAUCGUGACAAUACUUAUGAUCAUCAUCGUCGUCGGCAACAUGCUCGUCAUCAUAGCGAUCGCAACGGAGAAAACGCUCAAGAACAUCCAGAACUGGUUCAUUGCGUCGCUGGCCGUUGCCGACUUCUUUCUCGGGCUCGUCAUCAUGCCGUUCUCGCUCGCGAACGAACUGAUGGGGUACUGGAUCUUUGGGAACUGGUGGUGCGAUGUACACUCGGCGAUGGACGUGCUGCUGUGCACCUCGUCCAUCAUGAACCUGUGCCUGAUCUCGCUCGAUCGGUACUGGAGCAUCACGAAAGCGAUCGAGUAUCUGAAGUCGCGAACACCGGCCCGGGCCGCGUUUAUGAUUGCGGCCGUGUGGAUCAUGUCCGCGUUGGUCUGCAUACCGCCGCUACUCGGAUGGAAGGCGCAACGGCCCGAAGGUCACGUCGAGCUGCCACAGUGUCAGCUGAGUCAAGACAUCGGUUACGUGCUGUACUCUGCGCUCGGAUCGUUUUACAUCCCGAGCUGCAUCAUGGUGUUCGUCUACAUCCGGAUCUAUUUCGCGGCGAAGGCCCGAGCGCGUCGCGGCAUACGUAAGAAACCGCUGAAGCCACCGAGCGAACAGGAUACGAGUUUCACGCGUAAUGCCGGUACCGUACCGAUGCCAUCGCUACCCAGUGCCUCUAGCAAUAACAAUCAGUCGACGACGCCACAUCCGCUGCAACUGUCGACGGCCACCGGUGCAUCGGCCGUCGGCAGUACCGGGACGACGCAGAUCGCGACCAUCGAGCCACCGCCACGCGGUACCGGCUCGUCACACCCUGCCACACCCAUGCCCAUCCCGGUCGUGACGUGUGAUUUCGCCUCCGAUAUGUCAACGAGCGAGGCGGCCAUGGCGGAACAGGACAAUCAUGGGCCGAUGUCGCCCAUCGGUACCGGGGGCCACGAGCCGAAGGAUACGCUCAAGGUGACGCAACCGAUGCAGCAGGGCCGCAGUACGAACGGUAUCACGAGCGCCGCCGGUAACGAACCGUCCCCCUCACCGUCGGCCGCCACCGCCCGCAACCGGGCGCUCUCGGUCGGCAUCGAUACGGACAUGGUGAGCGAGUUCGAUCCGUCCAGUUCGGACUCGGGCGUCAUCAGCCGCUGUGCGGUGGUGAAACCGCUCAAGUUUCGCCUUUGCCAACCCAUCUUCGGCAAGAGCAAAGCGAAAGCACGCCAGGCGAAUGCGAAAGCAGCCGCCGGGCAUGGCAGCUCGAUGGGCGGUGGCCGUGGUGGGAACUGUACGCAACCGAUGCUCGGUGGAACGAGCGGUGCCGGUGGCCAGCAGGCGAUAUCCCAGCUAAUAGCGGCCAAACAGACGGACAGUGCGUGCAGCGAACUGGAACCGGCACUGCCACCGAAACCGAAGCCACGCGAUCCGGAAAAGGAAAAGCGACGGAUCGCGCGGAAAAAGGAAAAGCGGGCCACACUCAUCCUGGGGCUGAUUAUGGGUAGCUUCAUUGCGUGCUGGUUACCGUUCUUCUUCCUGUACAUUCUCGUACCAAUAUGUCCCGACUGCCACAUCCCAGACAGUGCGUUUUCGCUCGCGUUCUGGCUCGGCUACAUGAACUCGGCCCUCAAUCCGGCGAUCUACACCAUCUUCAACAAGGACUUUCGGCGUGCGUUCCGGCGCAUCCUGUUCAAGUGAUGUUUAGCGUACGUGUGCUGCUAUCGCUGCGUCUCCCGUAGCAUCGAGAAGGCUACGGAGCGGGCCAUUGGCGGCGCACAGCUCGGCGGCGGCUACCGGGGCGGCUACCUGCGAUGAUAAUACGCGCCGCUAGGUGGCGCGCCCACAACCCCGGCUCGGCUGUUCCUCUACCGGCGCUGGUUCGCCCUUACGCUUCUCCCUUACCUUCCACCGGUCGGCAUCGCCGUCGCGCUCGCCGUUGCCGCCGUCGACGCAACCGGCGCGAGAACCGGCAAGCGGUGGCUAGCGCCCGAAGGGUAUGCAAUGCCGCCCAUCUAUCGGUAACACCAAAAAAAAAAAAA